AUGUUGACUGAACCGUGUGGAGCCUUGGGGCCAAUGGGGUCAGAAGUUCGAGACCUGACCCUGUUACCUCCGGCGCCUCCCAUGCCAUCCUUACCAGGUGGAGGUGGCGGCUGUGGGAUGUCUGUUGGUGGCGGCCAGUGGACACAACUGCUGGACCUCCACCCUGGCUCUCCCUAUAGCUCCCUGCCCUCCCAUCAUUCCCUCAUCAAGCAGGAACCAGGUUGGGGGGCUUCCGAUCCCAUUGAGGAUCCUCACUGUGGACUUGGGGCCUUCACAGUACACUUCUCAGGCCAGUUUACAGGCUCAGGCCCUUGUCGGGUUGGAGCCUUUGGAGAGCCAACAACAGGACAAGCCAGGAUGUUUCCUAAUACGACCUAUCUCCCCAGCUGUAUGGACACCACCUCUGUAUCCAGGAACCAGGGUUAUGGAGGAGUGGGUUUAGACAGCAACCCCAGCUAUGGUCUCACUCCGUCACACCACACCCCUCAACUCUCCAGCUUGUCCUUCAAACACGAGGACACAGUGUCACCUCCAAACAACAUAGUUGACCAGCAGUACCCAGCUCCUCCUCCCAUGUUUGGUUGCCACAGUCCUCCAGAAUCAUGUCCAAGCAGCCAAGCUUUACUCCUAAGAAACUACAACAGUGAUAACCUGUACCAAAUGGCAUCUCAGCUGGAGUGUGUAACAUGGAACCAAAUGAACUCCCUGGCAUCUUCCAUGAAGAGUGGCCAUGGGACCAGCUACGAGAGUGACCCUGCAGCCCCACCUACACCCAUGCUUGUAAGCUGUAGCACCCAGUACCACAUACAUGCACAUGGUGUCUUCAGAGGACUUCAGGAUGUCCGACGGGUACCUGGUAUCGCUAACCCAGUUGCGAGGACAUCAGAGGCGAGUGAAAAGCGUCCAUUUAUGUGUGUUUAUCCUGGCUGCAGCAAGAGAUACUUCAAACUCUCACAUCUGCAGAUGCACGGCCGCAAACACACAGGGGAGAAGCCUUACCAGUGUGAUUUCACAGACUGUGGACGCAGAUUUGCUCGGUCAGACCAGUUGAAGAGACACCAGCGCAGACACACAGGCGUGAAGCCCUUUCAGUGUGAGACGUGUCAGAGACAGUUUUCACGGUCAGACCACCUUAAGACACACACUCGGACUCAUACAGGUAAAACAAGUGAAAAGCCUUUUACCUGCCGCUGGUCCAACUGUCAGAAGAAGUUUGCCCGCUCUGACGAGUUGGUGCGCCACCACAGCAUGCACCAGAGGAACCUGACCAAGCUGCAGCCUGCCAUCUGAGCAGCCAGAGGAGGAGGAGGAGGACAAAGACGAAGGUGACAAUAUGUUGUGCCAGCUAGCAGAGAAAGACGCUGGAGCCUGGUCAGCGGUUAUGGUGCCUUGCCAGACUUGCUGAAGUGGAGAGCACAGCUGAUGCCUCCCUCCGCCAGAUGACGGCAGGAGACUCACAGAUGAUCCAUGAGAUCUUCAAGCGGCACCUCUGUCAGCGCUCAUUUUGUUUAUUUGACAUUAAAACUCAGACUUUAAGGUUCAACACCACAGUAAUUCUGAGCCACGAAAAACAAUUUGACACAAAAUGAGGAAACUGUUGUCACACUUUGUUGUAUAUUACAGUACACUUGCACUGGUUUCUUGUUUUUUUUGUUAAAACUGUGUCAUGAAAAUGUGCUGGACUAUGUUAACUGGAUUUAGGAAAUGGA